AUGGCCGAAAGUUUCACCGUUCAAGACCACUUCGUGGAGCUGGGAUACACCAUCGAUGAUUCCACCAAGGGCCCGAUAUCUCACCAAUGCCGCGGGUGCGGAAAAAAGUAUCGCCUGAUCGACAUUUUUCGUAAGAAAAAAAACAAGCCUCAGCAAGUCGAGGGCGAGGAAGCACUACAAGGUGUGCAAGGGCAAGAAAACGUCGAAGGUCAAGGAGCCCUUUAA